AUGCGCAAGUGUCAUUUUACAAAAUUAACGUGUUGGAAACCAAAUUUAUUGGGAAACGAAAAAGAAGAAUGCGAAAUGCUUGCUAAUUCAUGGCUUAAAAUUCGUUCUAAUAUAUCUUGUAUACAAAAUACAAAUAAUGAAAAAGAGAAAAGAAAUUUAAAUAAACAAUUAAAAUAUUAUUUCGAGAAUCUUCAACCGCAACAACAUUACCAUAUCAAAAAUCUAUCAAAAAAGGUAUACGCUGUUAAGUUUGAAACUACAAGACAUGGGUAUGAAUGA